GUCCAGACUCCUCCUUCAUCACCGCGAACCGGAACCUCUCCACGCUCCAGCGCAGGCCAGUACUGAAGCCGAUUCAACCCAGAAAGCGAGCGGAAAUUACCCAUUACCACCUUCGUACACCACUAUCGCAAUGGAUCAGGUAAAGGAAAUGGCAGACGUCCCGCAGGAGUUCGUUAAGGACGGCCUCCAGUUCAUCAACCGCUGCACCAAGCCCGACAAGAGGGAGUUCAUCAAGAUCUCACAGGCAGUCGGCGUCGGCUUCGUCAUUAUGGGCGUCAUCGGCUACAUUGUCAAGCUCGUCCACAUCCCCGUAAACAACAUCCUCGUCGGCGGGUCAUAAUUCUUCGGAUAUGUAGCGGAUUCGGUGCGAUGGGAAGAAGGGGUACACAGAGGAGAGUUCAUUCGGACCGGCGAUGAACCUGUGGGUUAACAAAGGAGUUUGAUGGCCCGUCACACGAGAAGGAGGCUUGCAUGGCACGAAGCAGGGACGGAAAAUGCUGUACAAUAUGGGCAUUGGGCACGCGGGAGUUUUGAUAUCCAAAUUUACAUGUUAGAAGCUUGGGCUGCAUCCAGCCUCCUCCCGCCGAGCUGCCCCUCCUAUGUACCCAAAGGACAGGAACUUGAAUUUACAAGUGAAAACGUUCAGUCA